AUGACGUCCACCGGGAUAUUAGUUGUAUCUCAUGUAAGGGGCUUUGGGCAAUCGUUGAGGGCCCUACAAAAGUACGUGUAUCUGAAAUCAUUGUACGUGCACCUUAACGUCCCUAUAGCUAAAGUGCCGGUGCCUUCGUAUGGGCGUUUAAUAUCGCAGUUGUAUGUGGACAGCAACGAGUACUUUCAUAAAAAGGAUUUCAAUAUUUUAGUGGGCACUCUGAAAGGCCAUGGCACUUUUGACAAACUGCAAUUGAAGCCUGUAGACUAUAUCUUUUCGGAUGGCCAACAUGAAAUAUGUGAACAGUUACGUCAGCAAUUGAAUGUGCAACAGCCCAUCAUUUAUCUGUCCGACGAGAAGAUAAAUGAUGUGGAGGAAUUUCAACAACUGGAACCAGCCGAGAAAAUUCGAUCAUAUAAAAAUGUUGUAUUGGGUGGCACGUUCGAUCGUAUCCAUCUUGGACAUAAAAUAUUUCUUAGUCAAGCUGUUAUACGGGCAACAUCCAGAUUGGUUGUUGGGGUUACAACAUCAAAAUUAACUAAAGGUAAAACUCUACACGAGUUAAUUCUGCCCGUGGAUCAGCGCAUUGAAGAAGUACAAAAGUUCCUGACUGAAAUCGAUCCAACAUUGAGUUACGAGGUGGUACCGAUAGAUGAUCCCUUCGGUCCCACAAAAAGUGAUCCGAAUAUGGAUAUGAUUGUCGUUAGCGAGGAAACACUAAGAGGAGGCGAAAAGGUCAACGAAUUGAGACAACAAAAUGGAUUAAAUAAGUUGGACAUAUUUUGCAUAGAUCUGGUAGAAUCAACUGAUAAAAGUGGGCCCAAGGAAAGCAAAGUAAGCUCCAGCAACACCCGUAUUGAUCUACUGGGAACGAGACUUAGGAAGCCAGAGCCAAAACCAUUGCUGCCUCCUUCACCGUACUUAAUUGGCUUAACGGGAGGUAUAGCAUCGGGUAAAAGUAAAAUGGCUCAACGGUUGCAUGGUAUGGGCGCAUUGGUAAUGGACUGUGAUAAAGUAGCCCAUGAAAUUUAUGAACCAGGUCAAGUGUGCUACAAAAAAAUAGUUGAGGAAUUUGGAACAGACAUCUUGAGUGAGGACAAACGUAUAAACCGUGCUAAACUGGGAUCGAUUGUUUUUGCUGAUGCUGGAAAACUAGAGAAAUUGAAUAAUAUAGUAUGGCCUGAGUUAAUGAUUGAAGUUAAUCGUAGAAUAAGUCAGUUGAGACAAGAGCCAGAUUGUCCCAGAGUAGUGAUCUUGGAGGCAGCUGUUUUACUUAAAGCCGGCUGGGAUAAAGAGGUACAUGAGGUAUGGUCAAUGAUCAUUCCACCCGAGGAGGCAGUGCGUCGUGUGGUAGAACGUAAUGGUCUAUCGGAAGAAGAAGCAAAGCGACGAUUGGCCAGUCAAGCGCAAAAUAGUGAAAUUGUUUCCCGUUCACAUGUAGUGUUUAGUUCUCAGUGGGACCCACAAUUUACUUUAAAACAAGCCGAAAAGGCUUGGAAAAUAUUGUUGGAUGACUUAGAACACACAACAACAAAAGCCAGCAAUUUAUAG